AUGAGCAACGAAUCAUUGAAGCAACUUGCAAGAUACCAUCCAAAUCAUCCAGAACCAAAGAUAGUUGUUGAACUCUUCGGAUUUAUCAAAGAUGCUAAUUAUGUAGAUCCUGAUCUAGUUGAUCAUCUAAACUGGAGAAACGAAGAAGAAAAGAAGGAAGCAGCUUAUGCUGAGGAGCUGAAGACUCUUGAAGAGUUCAAACCUACUCGUAAUGAUUGGUUUGUUAAAGAACCGAGGAGGCGAAGUAGAAAGGUUACUCCUAAAGUUCAAGAGGGUGAGGGGUCAUCAUCACAACCAACGAAGAAACAAAAGAAAGUGACAAAGACGUUAUUGGUUGAUGAGCCUGAAGUUGAAGAACCGACUGUGAAUGUUGAGGAAAAUCCUUAUGCUGGUAUUGAAGAAGUGAUGUUGGAUCUUGGUGAUUUAGAAGCUGAGCAAGCAGUUAAUGUAGAAGCUCCGAAAGAGAAAGUGAUUGAUGAUAUUGAAAGUGAUGAUGUUAAUAAGAGCACUACAAGAUCUUCGAGCUCUUCAGAUGAUGAGAUUGACGAAACUGAAAGGUUGAAAAGAAUUCAAGCGGAGACAGAGAAAGAGAAGUUGUUGAGAAAGAGAAAGAGGCAAGAGAAGGAAGAUGCUCCAUAUGUGCCAUCUCCACAACACGUUUCUGAAUCUCAAACACCUCCUUCAGGUGGUAGAAAGAAGGUCGGGGCAAGAAAGAAAAUUGUGCACAAAGGUCUUCAUAUUCCUCAUGAUACUCUUGAAGAUAUUGGAGAUUUUGGCUUUGCUAAUGAUGAACAAGUUAAGAAGUUGGAAAAGAAGAUGGAUGAUGUGUUGGAUGAAAACAAAAAGUUAGCUGUUGAGUGCAAGAAAGUCUCUGAUCAUGAGAAAAUUCUUGAAAUGCGUAUGAAGAGACUGGAGACUGAUAACAAAGAAUUGUUGAAGAAGAUUGUUACUGAUCAAUCAGAAAUUGAUAUCUUGAAAGUGCGAGUUGCUGAACUUGAAGAAGAAAAAGCUUGA